ACCACUGGUGGCAGGGCGGCGUGCCUGAACUUCUGCUGCAGUUGUGUUCUUUUCAUUUGACAGAACGCACUAUCAAGAGCAAAUCAACAAGCUGCAGCUAACGAAAGGCUACACACAGAUGCGUUUCUUCGAGGUGCUGGUGGUGGUGGUGGUGGUGGCGGUGGCGGCGGCGGCGGGAGUGGUGGAUGCGGUGAAGAUGAAAGAAACAGACUCAAACAUAUCUGGUGGUGGCGGGAAAAGAGACAACCCAUCCCCACAGAAGAGUGACGACGGAGGCAAAUUUUUCCUCGGCGCUCGCUCGACAACAACGGAGACAAUAGUGUCAAUGGUCACGUCGACAGUAUUCUUCUCCUGCCUGGAAGGCACCUCCACGGCGUUGUGUCAGGGCCGCCGUAACAGGAAGGUGUCCCGCAUAAACUUCGGCCAGAUCGAAGAAAAUGAAGCCUACUCAGCGCUGGAAGGCAGCCAAAUAGACAUGGCGAGGGAGGCAAGAGAUCUUAAGGACCCUGAGAACUCUGAAGAUGACCCUGCAGAUGCAUCAUCAAAGUUGUUGGGAAUCAACGUGUGGACGCGGGUUCGCACCACCACCACCGUCACCAUGCUUUAUACAGAUACCAACACCACUAUCCGCCUCUCCUACGCCUGCCAAGCAGGGCACCUGCAGCUGCCGCAGUUCGGUUGUGGACCAACACCACCAUAGGCUUAGUAUGUUAUAACAUUCACCACAAGCCUGACAGUGCCAGCGCAAGAUAUGUCUAGUGUCAUUGCAGUCCACAGAUAAACUAUUUAUUUCAGCAACUGUAUACUGAACUAUUCACAUUUGCGAUGAGCAAAACGAUCUGUUAGGCCUGUUUAUUUUUAUGUGAUCCCCGCAGCCGCUAGUGUCAAUCCUCAUCACCUGCUGUAUUUCCUCAAUCCCAACGUAUUAUCAUUUCAGGUAGGUCAGAAAGAUGGCAAAAUUUUUAUUUUCAGCAAAAAUUGAAUGUGUAAGACUUUUCGGUUAAUUUGAUUUUGACGUAAUCUUACCUAACGUUGUUUUGGUGAGAGGAUAGACAGGAGUGUGAUGACAGCUAAAGAAAAUACGAGGUGAAGAGAGUCCAAAUAGUACACAUGUUACAUAAACCUGCAA